AUGUCCGAAGAGAGCCGCACUGGAAGCCUGUUCUCAAACAUGCCUGGCGGCACACUCCAUAUCAUGCCCAAGGGUUCCCAGCUGAGGCUUCUCAGCUCCUCGCGGCGUUUUCGAGGCGUUGGGGGCGUUCCUGGUGCGGCACGUUACAUUAUGAGGGGAUUGCUCCCCAGCAUGCAUCGCUCACAUAUCGCUUGUUCAAGCAAGACAAAAGUUACUGAUCCCUUUCUGACAUCCCCACACAAUACUCUUUUGUUGGCGUCGCAAUGUCUCAAUAUCCGUAGGGUUCUUGACAUUGCCAGCCGUCGUGGGGAACUGUCCAGUAUUCCGUAUGGAUAA